AUGAAUGUUUAUCACAACAACAGAACAACACAACAUUCCCAGACCCGUCUUCAAAGCGUCUCAGACAAAGUCUUGAAAAUACUUUCGAUAAUUGCAGAUGAGAUCGACUUGAACAUAGAUAGUCGAAAAUCUCAUAGGAGAUCCAACAACUCCGAAUUAAAAUUCAGAACUAAAAGGCAGAAGGAUAAUGAAAAUAAUUAA